UCAGUUCACAGAUCUUAUGUUUGUUUCUAAAAUUUAAUUAGAAAUUUUAAUAGAAAGUUUGGAACUAACUGAUUAAAAUAUCACACAUUCACAUACUAAGACUGUCAAUGUCAUUUGUAAAGGAAGCUCGGGAAACACCUCAGCUCUCUUGAGACUCUAGUGCUCCCAAUGAUGUUCUGCUCUACGGAGUGGUUAACCGGAUGGCUAGUUCUUAGGCCUUCUUACCCAAGCUCACUGGCACUGCACACAUAGUCUAGUUCCGCCAUUGUUUGUGAUGGACAGCGACCAUCUUACUGAGGUGCCUGCUGGCGUGGGAAUGGAAGGACAUUACACGAUUGUCCACAAUAUACAGAUGGAGGAGGAUGACUCUGGCUUGACUCUCCAAAAUGUAACAGACGCCGAGGCUGGGGGUUUGCUGACUGAUGAAGGAGAGUAUGUGGGGAUGACAGAAGCUGACCAGAGGAAUGCAAAGGAGGCCAUCCGCACACAGAUCUCCACCCUGUGUCGUACCUUGUCGAAACUGGGAGAGGAAUGUUUUUUGUUGUCGCUAGAUGUAGAAGCGAACACCUGUCACCAUGUGGGUUCAGAUAAAGGAGAACAGUUCUGUCUACAACAACCAGUUACCAACAUGAUGAAGGAAUUUUCUGAGUUCUGCCUAGGUCACAACAUGUCAGAAAUAGAGUUUGUGAAAGAUGAGCCAGGAGAUAUGCCGACUGAUGUUGUACCAGACAUUUUGGCCUCACCCGAGCAGGGCAUUCAGCAGCAUUUCACAACGACUGUAACUCCAUCCGAGCAGGGCACAACCCAACAGUUCACAUCAACGGUAACUCCACCCCAGCAGUACACAUCAGCUGUUACCCCACCCCAGCAGGGUGUACCCCAGCAGUACACUUCAACUGUAACUCAGCCAAUACAGGAGCCUCCCCAACUUUAUACUCCAUCAGUCAAACAACAAUCACCGCAGAGCAGCAAGGAGAACCAUGCAACACAGACAACAGUUGCACCCCGUGUAAUCAGCAUUCGAAGGAAGGACCACUCUGGCAUUAUUGUCGUUGAACCAUCCAACAUUCCUGCCACGGAGAAACAGUCUGACAACAAAACACAAGACUCUGUUCAGGAGGAAGGCAUGGGGUCAAAAUCUGGAGGUGACGAGGAAGGUCAGUCGGAGAAGGAGAACCAGAAACACAACCUCAACAUAUUAUUCCUUUGUGAAAGCUGCAAAGAUAUCUUCAGCAGUGUCACUGAAUUGAGGACUCAUAAGAAGGAUGUCCAUGGAGAAACAGACUAUGUAUGUGACCAGUGUGGUCGAGUGUUCACCAACAAGUUAAUUUACGAACGUCACAAAACCGACGCCCACUUGGAGGGAGAUGACCGCCUGCUCUGUGAUACGUGCAUCCGUCUGUUCAAGUCUGAAAAUGAGCUGGCACAACAUAUUGCUGACUGCCAUGACAGUGAGCAGCCGAUGAAGUGUGACGUGUGUGAGCAGAUGUUUGCUGACAUGCCCGGCCUCAUGGACCACCGCAAGAUCCACUUUGACUAUGCCUGCUUCUGCUCCAAAUGUUGGCAGGGCUUUUUUGACUACCUGGAGCUGGAGACACAUAUGCAGCACAACUGUAGAUACAGGGAAGCCUUGUAUAAGUGUGCGAUCUGUGGUAAGAAGUUCACAAAGCUUCACCUAAUGAGCAAACACGUGGACACCCACCCGGUACAUUCCCCCCACGUGUGUCGCAUGUGUGGUCGAGGGUUCAGCUCCGAGAAAGAACUGAAGAACCACCGCAUGGCGGCACAUAUCAUCCGUCCGUUCAAGUGUGAACUAUGUGAGAAGACUUUCAGGAAAAGGGAGGCUUUAGUGGAGCAUAGGAGGAUACAUCUGCGGGUGAAAUGUCCAGGAGGACUGAGUCUAGAGGAAUACUCAAACCUUGCAAACAUUGAUGUGAGACAUGGCGGAGACUUGAGUGAAACAAUGGAUGAGGAGAGUGUUAAUAUAUCGUCCAAGUUUCAGUGUCAGAUGUGUGGUAUUGCACUCGCUACACAGAGCCAGCUAGAUCAACAUAUACAUCAACACGAGGUGGCUCAAGAACAGUUCCAGUGCGACCAUUGUGAUUAUGUCUUCUUUGCAUUAGGCCUUCUAUCUCUUCACAACCAGAAGGACCACAAGAUGACCAAGAACAUGUCAAACCUUGAUACCGUCUGUCAAUGGGAGGGCUGUACCAAAACAUUCACAGAUAAAGCCAAACUCCGCCAACACAUGAAAUACCAUGAGCAACGCGCUGACAAGAUAGCCCGGGGAAUCCCCCUGACUCAGAAGAAGAGCUCGGUGACGUGCGAGAUAUGUCAUGCGGAACUGAAGUACAAGAGUUACCUGAAGGCCCACAUGUUGAAUCACCAGAACGGCUCUCACGCGGUCUGUGAGGUGUGUGGGGAGUCAUUCCCGAGUACCAAGAAACUGGCAGACCAUAGAAGGACCCACAUGACAGAGAAGCCAUUCCAGUGCACGAUGUGUGACAAGGCCUUUGCCAGCAACUCUCUCCGUAAGCAGCACUUGCUCACACACUCCGGCAUCAAGCGGUACGUGUGUGACGUGUGUGGUAAGGGCUUCAUGAGCCGGAAACACUUCCACGACCAUCUCAGGCUCCAUAACGGGGAGCAGCAGUAUCGCUGUGACAGCUGUGGCAAGGAGUUCAUAUACUUCAGGAGUCUGGUCCGUCACCAGCAGACACACAUAGAUCCAAAGGUCCGGGAGAAGCCGUACAAGUGCGAGUUUUGUGGAAAGGAAUACACGGAGGUGACAGGAUACAAGCAUCACAUGAGAUCAGUACACACAGGAGAGAACCCGUACCAGUGUGACUUCUGUGGCGAGAGUUUCCACAGGAACGAUAAGCUUAAGCGUCACAUCAAGACGCGACACUGCGUGAACAGCAGUAGACAGAGCCUGCUUGUGACGACACGUCGUGGGCAAGGGGCGCCGGUUAUAGUGAAGGCUGAGGCGGAACAACAGGGAAUGUUUGAAAUUGUGCAUGGAGAUGAUGAUGAGCUGGGUGGGGGAGCCCAGGAGUUACACUUGGAUGUGGUGCAGCAAGAGCCUGGCAGUGGUCAGCAGGUCUUCCUGAUAGGGCUUCCCGGGACCGACAAUGGAGAAACAACAUACCUACAGGAAACUCAGGUGAUCGAGGGUUCAGACGGUGUGAGGUACAUCAUUGCCGGGGCCGGGGAGGAGUUACAGGUCAUAGAGUCCUCACAGAUGCAGGUCACAGAAUCGCCAAUGGAGACACAAGAGCUGACUGAGGGUGUCCAUGAUGAUGGCGGGGAAAAUAUUCUCAUAAUGAACGACGGGGCACUCAUUUCCUCCAGCCAGGAGACACUGACAACGCUAGCAAAUAUGGCCAGUGUGGCUGAGAUCGCUCAACAGUAAAGUGAUGGAUGAGACAUAGUCUUCCUCACACUAGCAGACACUGACAACGCUAGCAAAUAUGGACAGUGUGGCUGAGAUCGUUCAACAGUAAAGUGAUGGAUGACACAUCGUCUUUCUCACACUAGCAGACACUGACAACGCUAGCAAAUAUGGCCAGUGUGGCUGAGAUCGCUCAACAGUAAAGUGAUGGAUGAGACAUCGUCUUCCUCACACUAGCAGACACUGACAACGCUAGCAAAUAUGGCCAGUGUGGCUGAGAUCGCUCAACAGUAAAGUGAUGGAUGACACAUCGUCUUCCUCACACUAGCAGACACUGACAACUCUAGCAAAUAUGGCCAGUGUGGCUGAGAUCGCUCAACAGUAAGGAAAUGAAUGAGGCAUAGCGACAACGCUAGCAAAUAUGGCUAGUGUGGCUGUGAUAGCUUAACAGUAAGUAGAUGGAUGAGAUACAGUCGUCCUCCAGCCAGCAGACACGGACAACACUAGCAAAUAUGGCCAGUGAGGCUGAGAUCGAUCAACAGUAUGGGCAAUGAAUGAGACACAGUUGUCUUCCAGGCAGGAGACAAUGCAAAACUAGCAAUUUAAUAUAACCAGUGUGGCUGAGAUCGCUGAACAGUAAGGUGAUAGAUGAGACAUAGUCGUCCUCAAGCCAGAAGACACUGACAAUGCUUGCAAAUACAGCCAGUGUGGCUGAGAUUGGUCAACAGUACAGCAAUGGAUGCGACACCAUCAUCCUCCAGACAGGAGACACUGCCAAAGCUCCCAAAUAUGGCCAGUGGCUGAGGUAACUCAUGAUUGGGAAAAUUGAAUAAAGUGAGCCUUAAGUGUCUGACCAAAAGUAAGCUAGGUGGAGAUUGUUGGUUUUGUAGAGAUGGAUAUGGUUUAAAAAAAUCAAAACUUAGUGCAUUUGGAUUAUGAAUUAUAAAUCAAUAAUACUGUCUAGCCAAGGGUUUACAAUAACUCCAUCAGAUGAAACUUUCAUAAACCAGGCCAGCAGAUGGCAAACUAGGUCUUACUUGUGUUUGUCACCUUGAAUAUGGCAGUUAAUUUCGUCCCAUUGCCACCUACCAAUGUUGAAAUUAAGCUCGUCUGUUGUGUUGUUUUUUUAUUUUUAAAAGUUAAAGUGAAUCAUAGCCUGAUAUGUUGUUGGCCUUGGUCAUGACUCAAAAACUGUUCUAAGAUAUUCAAAUGGAUUACAAGGAGUUGGCUUUGACUCCUAGGAAAUGUUGACAAUUCUUUAAAAGCAUUUUUAAAAAUGAUUGAAUCUACUUCCCCCUUCUUUGUGUACUAUGAACAUGAUCCAAAAGGGAACCAAAAUAAAACAAACAUACCGGUAGGUACCGUAUGCAAGAUUUUUCUCAGCUGAAUUGUUAUAUACAUUUCACUGCCGUUACUUCGGUGUCACUUUUCUUGGAAAUACAUACUAAGGCCUAUCAUAUAAAUGUGUGUUUUAUUUCUACAUGUCUGUCUGGUUUGUAGAUUAUUCAAUUACCUUGUCAUAAUGUUUUGUUAAUGUCAUUAUACAUGUACUGUAUACGCAUGCAUGUUUUUAUUUAAUUUGGAUGUAUGAAAUUAUUUAUUUGCAUAUGUUUUUAUUUUGCAUUUCAUUAUUUCAUGUUAAAAUUGAUUGAGAUAUGUUACAAGAUAUUCCAAUAAAUAUGUUUAAGAACA